AUUUAUUAUCAUAUUUGAUAAUAUUUUAUGUUGGACUGUCUUUUUUAUUCUUAAGAGGUUAUUUGAAUGUUCUUUUAUAGAUAAUCAUGUUUCAAGCUUUUAAGUUAAGUCGCACAAAAAUAUGUACUAUUUGUAAUUUUCAUUCAACGCAGUUGCAUUACAUCAAAAAAAAAAAUUUUUCUCAAAAAUUGAAAGAUGGACCUGACUUAGAACAUUUUAUUGCUGAUACUUAUAAACAAUAUGAUGGAAAAUUAAAAUUAGAAAAGGGAGACAAAUCCCGUUUAAGAUUACCACCUUGGCUUAAAACAGAAAUACCUAUAGGUAAAAAUUAUAAUAGAAUAAAGUCACAAUUAAGACAAUUACAAUUAAGCACUGUAUGUGAAGAAGCACGAUGUCCUAAUAUUGGGGAAUGUUGGGGAGGUGGUUUACAUGGAACAGCAACUGCUACUAUUAUGUUAAUGGGCGAUACAUGUACCCGUGGUUGUCGUUUUUGUUCUGUAAAAACAUCACGUACACCAUUACCUUUAAAUCCAGAAGAACCAAUAAAUACAGCAAUUGCAAUAACAGAUUGGGGUUUGGAUUAUGUUGUAUUAACAUCAGUAGACAGAGAUGAUUUAAAUGAUGGUGGAGCCAAUCAUAUUGCAGAAACAGUGAAAGAAAUUAAAAAAAGAACUAAUAUUUUAGUGGAAUGUUUAGUACCAGAUUUUAGAGGAGAUAAAGAUUGUAUUGAAAUAAUUGUUAAUUCUAAUCUUGAUGUGUUUGCUCAUAAUAUUGAAACUGUUGAACGUUUAACUCCAUUUGUUAGAGAUAGACGGGCUGAAUAUAGGCAAUCACUGAAGGUUUUAAAAAUAGCAAAAAAAUGUAAUCCAGAAUUAAUUACAAAAUCAUCAAUAAUGUUAGGAUUAGGUGAAACUGAUGAAGAAAUUGAACAAACAAUGAAAAAUUUAAGAGAGAUUGGUGUAGAUGCUUUGACACUUGGACAAUACAUGCAACCUACAAAAAGACAUUUAAAAGUUAUUGAGUAUGUUACACCUGAAAAAUUUAAGAAAUGGGAAAAUAUAGGAAAUGAAUUAGGAUUUUUAUAUACUGCAAGUGGUCCAUUAGUACGUUCAUCAUAUAAAGCUGGAGAAUUUUUUUUAACAAAUAUAUUAAAAAGACGUAGAAAUAAACAAGCUGAAAAUCAAUAAAUAUAUU